CCUCCUUCUACUACCAUGUGACAAUCUUCAGAGUUAUUUGGCCAAGUUAACUAACUCUUGCUUCCCAUUGCCACUCAAUCCAAUUAGCUUAAGUCCUACGUUAGGGUUUUUUUGUAUUCUCCAAAAUUUUCAAACAUGGCACCUCCUGGAGAGUUUAUUUCUGGCUCUAGGGCCAACAACAUCUCCAAGUCUAAGCCACCAAGGCUUUCAUCCUCAGCAGAUAGCCUUAAAAGAACAAUGUCCGACAUCUCUUACGAGCUCAGCAAAGAAGCCAACUUUGAUCAGGAUCUGAAAUCCCUUCCGCCGAUAUCGGAGGUGGAAGAUGCAAAGUGUGAAUGCUGUGGCAUGAGUGAAGAGUGCACGCCCGAGUACAUAGACCGAGUGAGAGACAAGUUCUUGGGGAAGUGGAUAUGCGGGUUGUGUUCUGAGGCAGUGAAAGAAGAGGUGGAGAAAAAUGGAGGAAAUAAAGAAAAGGCUUUGAAUUCACAUAUAAGUGCAUGUGUUAAGUUUAACAACUAUAGUAGGGCGUAUCCGGUUUUGUUUCAAGCUGAGGCUAUGAGGGAGAUGUUGAAGAAGAGUAAGUCAGACGGGACGGGCAUGAGGGCUAAGUCGAUUAGUCCAAAAGACAAAGGAGGGCCAAAGGGGAAGAUUGCUCGGAGUUCAAGCUGCAUUCCAGCGAUUACGAGGGGGAUGAACGAUCUCUCCAUGGCUUGAAGGCUAGGCAUAUAAUAUCUGAUCAUGAUCUAGGGGACAUGGUUUCGUAUUUGUCAACCUGCUCUCCCCUUUUUAUAUGCUAAUCAUUAACUGGUAUAGCUUCCCUCCAAAUUAACCUUCUCAAUCCCUCAUACGGUUUCUCUUCUAAUCAUCUUGACUCACAACAUGUACCGGUUACCUGGCUAAUGGACCGACCUUUUUCCUUCUUGGUGUUUUGGGUUAGUCCAAACCCUCCUAGCUAUCCUUGGCGCAUCUUCAGUGUCUACUGGAUUGUCUUCUUAACCCUCUCCUUCUUUCAGUCACCCUCUUGGGUUUUCUUUCGGUGGUAUUUAGUUUCCUACUUCAAAGCCAUGCAUGUACUUAUGCUUACCUAUGGGGUUUUUGGGGUUUAUUAGUACUAAAUGCUCCAUCACUGCCCUUCUCCCCUAGGGUUUGAUUUUCCUUUUUCUUUAGUUCGCUAAGCUGAUCUGCAGUGUGCUUAAUUAUUUACUAAUUAUUUGCUAUUUCUGUAUAAAUAAGCUAUAUGUAUCGGAACCCAUGUAAUUUAAAUAUGUAUCCGCAGUUUCAAUAAUAAUCGGGUGUUAUAUUCUUCUAGAUAAUAUUUUUGGUUUAUGUUUUCUCUUAUCAAUGGGGUGGAAGAACACUGAAGAAAGUAUCAUAAAUAGCUAUCAAUACUUUUAAUCAUAGUGCAGCGAAAUUAGGUUCAUUUGAAAAUUUGGUUUCUUGUAAAUGGUCCAUGCGCAGAUUGCUGGCAAUAGAGUUUAUUGGUGGAACGGUGGAGGGGAAAGGUGUGGGUAGUAUACCAAAAUAACAUUUUUUAAAAUUUCUAGUUUGUUUAUAUUUUUUUCUUUUUUUUCUUCAACAGCAUAAAUUAAUAAAUAUUGCCCUUUUCUGAAAAGGUCCUAGAUGUUUGUUUUUUUAACUUCGGUACGAGAAAAUUUUAUUGAUAUGAAUUUAAAAAAAUUAAGCUUAGUUAGGGGGACAUAAACCUUACGUUAAACCUAAACCCU